ACAGUUAAAAUUCUAGGUAAAGCGGAGCUCACCCUGCCUUCCGUUGUAUCUUUUGUGAUUGCAUGCAAUCGCAGCGAUUAUGUGGUCUCAAAGGAGUUAAAAACACUAUUGAAGGAAGUAUUGUUAACGCAAAUGAGAGAUGUGGAUAGUGCCAAUGUUGUCAUUGCCGUGCUUGCACAUUGGGAUCAGAAUGACAAAGAAGUAUCACGUGCAGCUAUUGUUAAGACUAUAGAACUACUCGGAAGCGACAUGUCCUGCUGCGUGCUUACCGUCGGAGAAAUGUGCUCAUUGAUGAAUAAAUUAGCUGAGAGGCGCAUCCGCGAGAAAGCACUUCUUCCACUUUUAUCUGCGAGAAUUACCGAUUAUCAUUCCGCUUUGUCUGUGCGACAGCUUGUUUCGUUGGCCGCUUCCUGUGCGAAGUUGAACUAUUUUGAUGCGCGAGUACUUCGCCGUCUUGCAAAAGAUUUAUUGUUGGAUGUGAACAACUUGCAUAAUUGGGCAGAUGUAUCUUCAUUGGUGGAUUCGUUCAGCAGGUUACGUUUCGGUGAUAUGGUUGCAUGGAAUGCGCUUGCUGUGUGGGUUAACAAUCAUAUGCACUCCGCUCCUUUGGACUCUCUUUCGAUCAUAAUAGGAGGAAUGGCGAGGAACGGCAUCGAGGAGUGUCGUCCUGCGGCUAUGAGGUUGUCUCAGCGUGUUCGCCGUGAAAUCGCUCCCUCCCAAAACGUUUGGCUCAGUACAGUUCAUUCUCUUGCAUUCUUUCGCGCACUGACACCAGAGUUGGCAGAGUCUGUUUUGAACAGAGAUUUCGUUUCACAACUUCUACAACCUUCCAAAUCUGUUGGAGAAAAACUGUUCAAAGCAAUGAAACUCCUUCAAAUAAGUUCUUGUGUUGAAGUUGAUCUUGGAGAUGCCUACAUUGGUCCUCGUUUGGGGUUUGCUGAAUUGGAACCGUUAAUUAAAAUAGACGACGAGGCGACAAGGCUUGCACGACUGAUCAAAUAUGGAAAGAAGGAAGUGGAAACUUGUAAUCAGUUUCUAUCUGACGUUUUAUUCAAGAUAGGUUCUCCUUCAACUCAUAUUUCCCCAUCUUGUAUAGAUCCAACAGGGAUUCUGAUUGAUGCACAGAUCGUGUGCGAAAAGGUUCGAUUAGAUCCUUCGCAGUUUCGCAUUAGCUAA